AUGAUUCGCGGAGCAGGGGUCCACCUUUGUGAGGAUGACCGGGAAAAACUGUAUCGUUUCAUCGACGGUUACAUGGCCGACUCGUUACACACUGUUGUCGAACGCGAUGGCAUCCUUCCCAAUGUCAUUUACAAGGUCAGCAUUCCCAUGACAGACGCCGCUUGGGUCAGCUACAACCAAGUUCUCGCUACAUUCGGGUUCGCCAAUGGUGUGAAUGACAUGCUCAUUGCGGGCUCCGACAAUUUCGACAAGUACACAUACAUGAUCGAUGAUGUGAGCGCAGAACACGAGCAAGGCUGGAAGGUACUAGCGAGUUCAAGUGAGAGGAACCUCGACAUGACAAGACUUUCGCAAGAGCUGGUGCAGAUCUGGAAGAAUACAUGGAUCGAGAAUGGAUCUGGCUAUGUCGGUGUGGCCAAGGAUAUUGUGCAAUAA